AUGCGCAUGCGCAUGCGCUUCAGCAGCAGCAGCAGCAGCAGCAGCCCAGCUCUGAGAAGGCUCGAGGAGAAACCGUACUACGUGACGACGCCCAUAUUCUAUGUCAAUGCCUCCCCCCACGUCGGCCACCUGUAUAGCAUGCUCAUCGCAGACGUCCUCAAGCGAUGGGAGGUCCUCAAGGGCCGGCAAGCCUACCUGAGCACCGGCACCGACGAGCACGGCAUGAAGGUGCAGCGCGCCGCCGAGCUGCAAGACGUGCCGCCCAAGGCCCUGUGCGACACCAACGCCGAGACGUUCAAGGACCUGGCGCGCCGGGCGAACAUAUCCAACGACCACUUCAUCCGCACGACCGACCCCGAGCACCGAGACGCCGUCGAGUACUUCUGGGCCCGCCUGCGCGACAGCGGCUACAUCUACGAGACGAAGCACGAGGGCUGGUACUGCGUUAGCGACGAGACCUUCUACCCGGAGUCCGUGGUCGAGAAGCGCGUGUCGCCCCUUACCGGCAAGAGCUACGUCGCCUCGGUCGAGACGGGCAACGCCGUCGAGUGGACCGAGGAGAAGAAUUACCAUUUCCGCCUGACGGCCUUCCGCGACAGGCUGCUGCGGUUCUACAUGGAGAAUCCGGCCUGGGUCGUGCCUGAGAGUCGGUUUGUCGAGGUCAUCGACUGGGUGCGGAACAAUCUGGAGGAUCUGUCGAUAUCUCGCCCCGUCAGCCGGCUGGACUGGGGCAUACCUGUGCCGGAUGACCCGAGUCAGACUAUCUACGUGUGGGUUGACGCCCUGGUAAAUUACCUGACGACGGCCGGGUAUCCAAUAUGGCCGCCAGGCUCGGAGCACGACGGCGGCUGGCCGGCAGACGUGCACGUCGUCGGCAAGGACAUUAUCCGCUUCCACUGUAUCUACUGGCCCGCCUUCCUCAUGGCGCUGAACAUUGAGUUGCCGCGGCAGGUCCUGAGCCACGGCCACUGGCUGAUGAGCAAGCAAAAGAUGUCCAAAUCCAAGGGGAACGUGGUAAAUCCCUUCUUUGCUCUGGACCGCUGGGGUGUGGACACCAUGCGAUACUUCCUGAUCCACGGUGGCCAAGUAGCCAACGACUCGGACUACGACAACAGUUCCAUCGUCGACAAGUACAAGAAGGGUCUGCAGGGCGGCCUAGGAAACCUGCUCAACCGAAUCACGCGGCCCACGGCGUGGAGCGUGAGGGAGGCGGUCCAGGCGAAGGCCGCAAACAAGUCUUCUGUGUCACUCCUGGCUGUGCUCGUCCAGACUCAUCGGGAUCAGGUAGAUCAGCAGGUCCAAAAGGCGGACGCGCACAUGAAGGCACUGAACCCCGGCGGGGCGCUGAAGGAGAUCAUGGAGCUGGUAUAUGCGACCAACAGGUUCCUGCACAACACGGCACCGUGGGAUAAGCGCAAGGAGGGCGACACGGAAGCUGUCAACCAGAUCAUAUACCACGCCGCGGACUCGCUGCGCGUCGUCGGCAUCCUGCUGCAGCCCUUCAUGCCGGAGAAGGCGGCCCUGCUGCUCGAUAGGCUCGGCGUCGGCGAGGACCGGAGGGGGUUUGGGGAUGCGAAGCUGGAUGUGGAUGAGGACUAUGGGACUCCCGUGGUGCCGGUGGGUGCAGGGGCGCAGAGCAGCUUGUUCCCGCCGCUGCCUGUGGAGGAUUGA